CAUUCACACUUCAAGUCAUGUCUGAUCCUUUCUUUCAAAAAAAGAGAAAGAGGACAGAUUCUGCCGGUAAAAGUGAAGGUGGAAGAGGUGGAAGGGGAGGUGGGAAAUUCGGAACAGGAAGAGGUGGUGGAAGAGGAGGUGGCAAUGCAGAUAGAAGCAAACAACCUAGAGCAGGUGCUGCUGGACCUUCCCGAUUACGAAUGAGAGAAAAAGCGGGCAAAGGAAGAGGUGGAGAUGACGAUGAUGAUGAAAAUUUACCUCGAAUGAACGGUAGAGCCGAUGCAAGUGAUGAUGACGCUGAUAGCGGGGAUGAAGGAGGAAUCGAAGCAAUGGAUCUCGCUCAUAAAUAUGAAGAAGAUUUAGAAGCUUCAGAUGAAGAUGCGAUCGAUGAAACACCUGCAGAAGCCCGUGUACGGUUAGCAAAGAUGUAUUUGGACAGUUUACGAGCUUAUCAAGAUGAAGAUGGGCUGGGAGCAGGCGAGAUCAAUGCAGCUGAUGUGGACCGAGAAAAUAUUUCUGCUAGACUUCAACGUGAUGCAGCAAGUCAUUCAACGCAUAUGCACGAUUUGAUCGCUGAUCGGAUACGGCUGCCACCCAAAGGUGAUACAACGCAUAUCCUUGCUUGUCGUGGACAUAGACUUUCGGUCACUUCUGCUUCCGUCUCGCAUGAUUGUACUUCUAUAUGGACAGCAGGUAAAGAUGGACGAAUCAUUCGUUGGAGAUUACGUGAUGGAAAGAUGGUGGAAAUGAUAAGUAGAGCAUCUACCAGUGCGGAAACAAUCAACGGAAAUGGCUUUGCUGUUAAUGGUGCUCGGAAAAAUGGAAACGGCAAACAGUCUGGAAGUAGUGGUGCGGCUAGAAGGAGAGCACGAGCACAGGCGGCAGCAGCAGCAGAGCAAGAUAACGGACAAAACGAGAAUGAUGCAAGGGAAAACGGCAAAGAGCAUUGUCGUCUUGUUGUCCCUGCAGCUGGUUCUGGACAUACAGACGAGAUCUGGUCUCUCACAUCAAGUCAAGAUGGAAAGUUUCUCGCAACGGGCGGGAAGGAUAGGCGGAUAUGCAUUUGGGCGACAAAAUCGAUUGAAAAGUCAUCAAAGGACGAACUCACAUCAUUUGUCAAAUCUCUAGGAGGUCACAGAGAUAGCAUCACAGCUUUGCGAUUCCGACAUGGGACCUAUGAUCUAUUCAGUGCUUCUUUUGACAGGACGUUGAAGCUUUUCGAUAUUUCUCAACUAUCUUACGUCGAGACAUUCUUCGGGCAUCAGGAAGAGAUCCCUUCGCUAGAUAUUCUGCGUGGCGAGGUAGCCGUCUCGGCCGGUGCCCGGGAUCGAACUUGUCGUUGGUGGAAGGUCCGCGAUGAGAGUCAAUUGGUAUUCCGUGGUGGUGCAAAGUCUAGAAUGAGAGACGUUUUGGAAGGAGGAGAUAUUAUGGAAGAAGAACAGGAAGAAGGAGGUCCAAUUGCUAGAUCUGAACGCAAGCAAUUGAUCGAAGGAAGCAUUGAUGCCGUUGCAAUGAUUGAUGAGCACACUUUCUUGAGCGGUGGUGAUACUGGUACGAUCUCUUUAUGGUCGUUGGCUAAAAAGAAGCCGGUGUUCACCUUUUCGGCUGCACAUGGCUUCGAACAAGGUCCUGAAGGCACUGAGCAACAACCAAGGUGGAUCACAUCUCUGACUUGUUUGCCAUAUGGAGACGUGUUUGCUUCCGGAUCGUGGGACGGGUCUAUUCGUUUGUGGAAGCUAUCACCCACGCUCAAAUCAUUCUCUGCACUUGUCGAAGUUCCCGCACUGGGAUUCGUUAACUCUUUGCAACUUAUGCAUCCCAAUAAAUCCAUCAUGAAGAAAAGAGGCGGAAGCGUGAUUGAGCCUGAUCAGUGGAGAAGGCAUGGAGGACUGCAAGGCGGAGCCAAAAAGGUAUUUAGCGAUGCGGAAGGUGGUGCUAGCGAGGCGAAUAGCGAAGGAGAGGAAGAAGCUGCUCCGAUCCCCAGCAAGGAUGGUUCUACAGAACCUCCUCUCAUCUUGAUUGCAGCUUUGGGACAAGAGCCAACUCGCGGUCGUUGGCAAAAGCUUAAAGAAGCCAGGAAUGGUACCUUGGUCGUUCCAUUUUCUGUUGGUUCGUUAUGAUUCGACAACACUAGUACCCAAACUUCAAUUUACAUGUACAAUUUCAUCCCAUUGCAAUCAUAAUAUAAAAAGCGAGCAUAUCCUGCAUAUAUACGUGUGUGUGCGCGUAUCCCAUUUCGUGUGAACCCAAUCCAGAUUAAUCGGCCAAACCCUGCCAUCAGAAUGGCAAUUCAGGUAAACUGAACAAACCAUCCGAACCUCUUUCCAAUCGAUAUUCUUCGGCAAAAUCUUUUGAUGGAUCCAAAGUACCAUAAAUAUGACCAAAUUCCGUUCCUGCAGCAGGUUCGAAUUUUAAUCGAUUUUGCGCAUCAACGAUGUUCGUUCGGGGUAGGGCCAAUAGGUAGAGUGUAUCGCCAACAUCGGAUGAUGCAGAAAAGAAUCUUUCUAGUGUACCGGCUGUUUGAUGAGAUGUUGAUAGAUGGAUAAAGCCGUCUUUUUGCUGAAAGAGAG